GAAGAUUAUUCUGGCCCUGUAUAUGAUUCUAGGUUUAUGAGGAAAUGAAACACAUAAAAUGUACUCACUUCAAAUUCACUCACGGGAAAAAGCAGCCGCAAUAAAAUUCAAGUUUGAUCAGUUCUAUUAUACAUUCGACUUUGUUCGACAACAUGAGUGCUAGGAACCAUUCGAGCUAUUCAUAUGAGCUUGUGUUGGAACUUAACAGUUUGUUUGCCAAAAGAAGCGCCCAAACGUCCGCCGUGACCAUCGCCAUUAUAGUUAUUGGAACGAUCGGAAACAUUUUCGUCCUGGCCGCUUAUUGGAAAUUAUUCAAACGCAAGAGUAAGCAGCUCAAAGGUCGUUAUUUCAUGCCCCAUUUGGCGGCGGCCGACCUCAUUGCGUGCGCUGUCGGAAGCUUCGUCUUUCUCUACUUUGAUUUUCAUCGACUGAUUUUCACAUCUGACGUCGGGUGUCGACUGUCGACUUUCGCGGCUUGGUCCACCAAUUCUGUGUCGGUACUUAUGUUGCUCGUCAUAUCAGUCAACAGGUACCUUAAGAUCUGUCGUCCACACCACCAACAGAUGACGCUAUAUUGGAAGCGAGCCGCACUUAUAAUCAUCACCGUUGUUUCUAUUAUCUCAUGUGCGCCAUUUUUGUACUUUUCUGGUGUUCGUCAGGGUCGAACGAACACGACAGAGUUUGCUGACGUCAUCGACCUUCCUCCACAUUUGCAUAACAAGGUCCUACCGUACCACCAAUGUGCCACUGCUAAAGAUAACACUAUUUGGUGGAAGAUCUAUUACAGUGCUCUGUUCGUUGUGCAGUUUGGAAACAUGGUGGCCAUGAUAGUACUGUACGUGCCAAUGGGUAAGAUAAUCUACGAGAAGUACAGACAGAACAAAUUAUCACGCACAAUAUCGCGAACGGCGGGACUGUCGGACGAUCGAGGAACGAACACAGCCAACAACGAAUCUAACGACGAAAGCGGCGUCCACAGUACCGACAUCGUGGAGUCCAGUGAGGUUACCUCCCGAAAUGUGACCGAUCUAACCCAGGUUCGCAAACAUCGUGGACGACAACACAAAGCAUGGAAUAAUGCCAAAAACCGGUUUACCAUCAUGUUUCUGGUUGUCGUGAUAGUGUACGCGAUCACCAACCUCCCGACUUUCGUAUUUCUGUACACGUACUUUGAGAACGAUAGAUUUCGGAGAUAUUUUAUUAGUGAUUCGAACUUUGAGGUGUUUAAUUUAGUUUUGUCUCUACCACGAAUACAUCUCAUUAAUAACAUUGUAAACCCUUUCAUCUAUGGAUAUUUCGAUUUGACCUUUAGAAAAGAGGUCAAGGCCAUUUGUGCUAGCAUCAUUGUUAAACCAAAACAAAUAUGCUGUUCUCGGUGUUCUUAGCUCUUUAUCAAACUAGCUAAAUAUUCCAUCCAUGUAUUUUUUAGCUCAAUGCAUUUACACGUACCACUUAAGAUUAAGUUAAAGCCAAGGUCAUUGAUAGCAGAGAUACUCUGAGUAUUUAUUUCCUCAUCAUCUUAUAAUCAUGAGGAAUUGUAAUGUGAAGGCAAGUGCAGAUCUAGAGGGGGGUCGGGUGCGUGGGUGGUUCAGAGCCCCCCCCCCCCCCGAAAAUUAAAAUUUAUUAAACUUACAUAGUAAAAUUAUCGCAAAUAUGCCUCGGACCCCCUCUGGCAAACACAAUUAUCCUUCGGACCCCCCCUCCGGAUCUGGAUUCUGGAUCCGUACCUGGUAGAUGUGUAGGUAACAACAAUGUCUCUAGUACAGCGCAUUACAGAAUCGGUCUGUCUGUCUGACUGUCCAUUUGUUUCAAUUUUCUUAAAAUUGUAUUCAUAUAUACAUGAAUAUCAUGUACGUAAAACGUGACAUUGUUCUGAAGCAGUGCAACAAUAAGUCAAACACACCAGUAUCUGUGUUCACGUGUGUGAGUUGCUGUUUCAUGCAACGGUUGCUCUUUUUAAAAAAUAAUUUCCGUUUCUGAGUUUCCGAAUACUGCAUAAUAGACAAAAAAUUGUAAGACAGGAACAUUAUAUCCUCAGCAACACACAAAAACAUAGUGAGGCACUGUUUAACUAGCUUUUAUUUAAACGGUGAGAUGCUUUGGUUCAUUUAAACAAUAUUAUGCUUUCUUUGGUGAUUCAUGCGGGAUAUGAAAAAUACAUAACCCGCUAACGUGGGUUAUGUAAUUUUUUCUGCAAUGAUCGCCACCUCGGCUCCAUAACCCACACGAAUAUAUAAUCAAAGAAAGCAUUUUAUUGUUUAUAUUUACAUCUUUCUUUUUACAAAUUGAUAAAUUAAUCGUAAAAAGUAAGAAAAAUACUAGUACUGUUAUUGUACAUCAGUAGGUUAGCUAAAAGGAAAAGCCAAAUCGUCUUCUUUGGGAAUUUGGGUCUUACAUCAUCAUGAUUAUUUCGUGCAUUCCGUGAUUUUUCUAACGUUGCUGAAUGUUACGGGAUAAUUGUGUGUUGAUUUCAGUCCUGUCAAGCAAGUUUCCACAGAGUUAUAAAUUACAAUCAGUUUCCGCAAAAAAUAGAGGAAUUAUACUAAAAUGGUGGAUAUAACUAUAGUUCUAUACGCGUUACUCCCCUCCUGCAGUUUGACACGAGUUAUUCCAGGAAUUAUUGCAACCUUCAAAUAGAUACCAAUGAAUCAAAGAGAAGGCUUCUCAUUGUUGAUUUUUAUUUUAACAUAUUCAUAUCUGAUAUAUGACGUGGGUGAAUGUACAUGUCUAGUACUAGUGUAUCAAUAUGUAUGUUACAUAAUGGGGAAGCAAGUGUUCGCAUUUAAUGCAAUUCCUACAUUGGUAUUGCCAUGCAGUAUAUAUGCUGGAUGUUAUUUUUCCCAUUUUAAACCAAUUUUACCAUAUACAUGUUUCAUCUAAUACUACAGCUUAUAACUAAAUUUCUUAUGAAUUUCAUUUGAGAUACAUGUUAUCUUCCGAGUUGCAAAGAUCGAUUUUUAGAAAUAUAGGAAAAAAUUCCCGGUGUAUGAAAAUAUAUACUUAUUCAUGCACAGUACGUAUAUAAAAUUUAUUUUUUGUGAAUGAGUUCAUUUUAUUGUUGAUUUGUAUGUUAGGAAUCUACUAUAGUAGCAAUGGCUAUGAAUUAAAGACUGUU